CGGGCCGGGCAGCCGCGGCCCCCCGGGCGGCUCAUGCGCAUUGGCCCGGGGCGGCGGCGGCGGGAGCAUGGCGCCGCGGGUGCUGCCGCUGCCCAGACAGCAGUCCUUCCGCCCGCCCCCCAUCCCCAACCCCUUCGUCCACCCGGCGCGCCUCAGCGCCGGCGACAAGCUACGGACUGUUCUUCAGGGGAUUAUUUUGCUACCAAUUCGUGCCAUAUGCAUUGCAUUCAUUUUCCUGCUAGCAUGGCUGUUUGCAUCAAUUGCAACUUUCUGUCACCCUGGAAAAGGAUCUGUGCCACUUAAAGGAUGGAGAAGGAGGAUGAUCCAAACAACCCUCUCAUGCCUAACUCGUACCUUGUUCUUCGUAAUGGGCUUCCGAGUUAAAGUAAAGGGGAAAAUAGCAAGUCUGCUGGAAGCCCCAAUCUUUGUUGCAGCUCCUCAUUCAAGCUUUUUUGAUGCCAUUAUUUCUGCCCUAACUGGAAUGCCAUCAAUAGUGACUAGAGCAGAGAACCUGUCAACUCCGGUAUUUGGCACAAUUUUAAAUUCUCUUCAGCCUGUGUCAGUUUCUCGUCAAGACCCUGAUUCACGGAAGAACACGGUCAUUGAGAUAACUAAGCGAGCAUUAUCAAGAGGCCAGUGGCCACAGAUACUGAUUUUCCCAGAAGGCACCUGCACAAACCGAUCUUGCCUGAUCACAUUUAAACAAGGUGCAUUUAUUCCACGAGUCCCUGUACAACCUGUGUUGCUCCGAUACCCCAACAAGCUGGAUACUGUGACCUGGACAUGGCAGGGCUAUUCACUAAUAGAGCUCUGGGUAAUGACACUGUGUCAGCUCUUCACAAGAGUUGAAGUUGAGUUUCUGCCUGUUCAUGUUCCUACUGAGGAAGAAAAGAAUGAUCCCAUUCUUUUUGCCAACAGAGUCCGACAGACCAUGGCAACUGCUUUGAAUGUACCAGUCACUGAUCACACUUUUGAAGACUGCAGACUGAUGAUUUCAGCAGGACAGCUGACUUUACCCAUGGAAGCAGGGCUGGUGGAGUUCACCAAAAUUAGCAAGAAACUCAACCUAAAAUGGAAUCAUGUCAGAGAGCAGUUGGAUACCUUUGCUGCUAUUGCAAAUGCUUCCAAAGGGGGAAGAAUUGGAAUUGAGGAGUUUGCAGAGUACUUGAAGCUGCCUAUUUCAGAUGUCCUCAAAGAGCUGUUUCUACUUUUUGACAGGAAUGGAGAUGGCACCAUCGACUUCAGAGAAUACGUAAUUGGUUUGUCUGUUCUUUGUAACCCAGCCAACACAGAAGAGACUAUUCACAUGGCAUUUAAGCUCUUUGACAUGGAUGAGGAUGGCACUAUAACGGAAGAUGAGUUUGCUUGUAUCAUUCAGUCAGCCCUGGGGGUGCCUGAGCUUGAUGUUUCUAUGCUCUUUAAAGAAAUAGAUGCAGAUGAAACCGGGAAGCUGUCCUAUGAUGAGUUCAAGGACUUUGCGCUGAAGCAUCCAGAAUAUGCCAAGUUGUUUACUACGUACCUAGAGCUACAGAGAUACCACUUAGAUAUGUUGGAGGAGGAGGAUGACAUUGAGUUACCUGAAGUCAAACACAGUCUAGUUAGAAAGACUACAAUCCCAGUCUCAGAAACAACACCAACUGCAAGAAAUAAAGUCUGUCCUGAAGACAAUGAAGAGGAUAACUCAAAUACCUCUGACAAAAAGGAAGACUGAGAAGAGUUAAAGAAUUCAGCUUUUGAAUUCUACAGGAUUUUCUCCCUAGUUAUUCAUAAAGACAACUGCUAUAGAAUAGAGAUGGAAGUUACAAAAAAAAUUUUUUUGUUUUACUUUCAUAGCAGGAGGAGUUAUUCCUGUUCGAGUGUAAAGGGAAAAAACACUGUGACUAUUCUGUCCUUGAUGUCAGUAUCACAAUACUGGGAAUGCUGUUUACUGUUUUCCAAGUUCGAGCUUCCACAAAAGUAACAGAUGUGCUAGAAGGGGUAAGAGGCACCAGCACUGCAAUGUUCUCUCAGAAUGGAGACAGGAGUUCACUUGUGUAACAAGUGGAAUUUUUGGUGCUGCUCAAUUCCUCUACAUCCCCAACAUCCCUUGAGGGGAAAAAAUUACACUGGUGUGUUUUAAUUUGCAAUAUCCCUUAGCCCUUCUCAAGUUUCUGAGAGACACAAAUGAGUUACAAGCAGUCGGUUGUUUCCUUUUAGCUGUUCUUAGAUUUCCCUUAACUACUUGUGAACUAUAAAGCCUAAACUUCUGAACAAGACAUGCUGAUUCACUGAUGUUAACAGAAACAGCUUUAGGCCUAAAGGCUAGUUAAAGAUGGAAAUGGCUGCACUUCUGACAACAAAAAACUAAUUGGAAUUCCAAGAUAGCAGCUCACAGUCUACAGGAAAAUGCAGACAAUAAGACCUGAGAAUUAAUGGACUAUUUCAAAAUAAACAGAAUGUUGUUUACAGUAACAACUGUUCAGGAUCACAUUAGGAGGAACAUUUCGAACUUCAGCAUAUUUUUAUUUUAGUAAUUACCAACAGAGGAAUGUGACCUUGCUCUGAAAAACUUAAAAGGCAAAUAGGCUGUCAAGCCAUAGUUCUAGUAGUUAGUAUUUAUUCUAAAGUUGUCUUCUAAAAAUCAGGUUUGCAUUACGGUGCCAUUACUCAAUGUAUUCUUAGGGGUUGAUUCAAAACCAAGCUCUUUCUAGUCAAUGAUUUGAGUAUGUUUUGCCUCAGUCCCCUCUAGUGCACUGGAAACUGGGCCUUUGCAUUUUUUCCAUCUUUCAUCUGAAUGUACUUUAUACCAUAUUUAAAACAUAUAGGUAUUUACACAAAUACUUCAAAAUAAAAACUUGGAAGGGGUGGUGUGACAGAACAUACUGAGAUGAGCAAAGUCUAAAAUGUCUAGUACCAAAAAUAACCAAUUUUCAGCAGGUUUUCAUAUGUGAAAGGGUAACCUCUGCCUCUAAGUUAUUGCUUGUAUUGUCUGGCUGCAAGCUCAUUGCCAUGUUUAAUUUUCAUGUGUUUAUAAUGGUGCCUAUCCUGAUGUUUCAUGUGCUUAAAAUAAAUCUGUAUUAUUCUUAAAAGA